CAACAUAACAACAAUGGCGAGAAUUCGUGAACACCGGCGAAGACGAGAAAAAUAUAAUCAAUAUUCAGAUAUGUUACUUGUAACUGUGGUUGCAUUUGUCUUCAUUCUACUCCAAGAUUGUCAUUCAUCAUCAUCUGCUGAUUUAAGUUUAGUCAAUGAUGAAGAACUACUCCAAUAUAUCAACACAGAAAAAUAUGUCGUUGUUCUUUUCACAAAAGACGAUUGUCCAGAAUGCAAAAAGUAUGAAGAUGAGCUCAUUAAUUUGAGAGAACAUUUAGUUGAUGCUCUAUCAGCAUGGAUAGUUAAAGCAUCCAAUAGCUAUCUACGUAAAAUAUAUAGUCCAGCUAGUGAACCAGCUUUAGUAUUCUUCAGAAAUGGAAUACCUCUUUUAUAUGAUGGACCUUUAGAUGAUGAAGAAAUAUCUCAUACAUUUAUUAAUAAUAGAGAACCUUUGGUGAAAGAAUUAAUUGAUGAUAAUUUCGAGCACUUAACUCAAGCUUCAUCAGGUGCUACUACUGGAGACUGGUUUGUAAUGUUUUAUAGCAGUAAUUGCGUGGAAUGCCAAAGAAUGGGAGCAAGGUGGGAAGCUGUUGCAUCCAAAUUAAAGCAAAGAAUUAAUGUAGCUCGAGUAAAUAAACAUACAACUGGAGCUUCUACCGCAAGAAGAUUUAACAUCUUUGAGGUCCCAGAAUUCAUAUUAUUUCGUCAAGGCAAGAUGUACAGAUAUCAAAUUCCUAAAUAUGAUAUCAACUCAUUUGUAUCUUUUGCUAAAGAAUGGUAUAGAAAUGCUCAAGGAGAGAAAGUUCCUGUACCACAAAGUCCAUUUGACGAUUUAACUUUAAUGAUUGCUAAUUUCCUGAGAGAAAAUCCAUGGCUUAUGAAAUUAGGAAGCAUAACUAUUGGAGUGUUUGUAAUAGUUUCAGUAGCAUCUAAAUUAAGACGUAAACCAGAACUUCCAGAGAAAAAAGAAAAAUAAUUUUAACAAUCUAUUUUUCAAAUGUUUUAUCCUUACUCAUCUCUAAUUUUGUAAUAAAUAUUUUUUACUUCAAUAAAUAAUUUAUGCAUUGUUUUUCUCA